UUUGGAGGCUGCCUUCCUGCCCUGCCCGACUGGAUGAAGCAUCUUGGAGCCGAUUAACUGAGCAAGACAACUCCCGGGCUCUGAACAGCACAAACAUUCCCAGGCCCUUGUCUGCAAGGGACAGAGAUCUGCAUGUGGCAGGUCUCCCACCUGAAAAGGGCUCGUUAGCUCGGCAGUGCGGGACCGGUCGGUUUCUUGGAUUCCUAGAAACACAAUUAUUUACUUAUUAUUCUCUAAACGACAUCCUGCCCCGAGAGAGAGGGAUUAGAUGGGACCGAGGGCCGGGUUGGGCAGCCAGAAGGGAGCAUGGUUUAACACACACGAGGUCGGCGCUGUCUGGAUAUGAAAUGUGUUUUGAGGCUCCUGCCAGGGUUGAGGGAGCCCUGCUUGAUGGGGACCAUCUCUCCGAGAAGACUCCAAGGCUCUCACAGAGCCGCGCUGCACAGAGCCGCCGCCGCUCUCCCUCCCCCAACCCAGCUAUUUUUGCUGAAUUAAGAAGGUGACAUUAUUCUUCUUUUCAAGUACUUCUGUUAAUAUUGAAAAACGUGUGCUUGCAUUUCAAGUGCGCGCGCUCAGCCUCAGCAGCCAUUUCAAUAUUAAUGAAAUUGUUUAAUCUCCUAAAUUCAUCGUGUUUAAGUUACGUUUUGGUGAGUUAUUGACCGACUCCGAAAAUAUUGUUAAUGGAGUUGAUGUGUAUUCACCACAAAGGCUCUUCCUCCCCGGGCUCGAAGCUCAAUUCUGGCUCUAGGGUGACAGGAUGCACCGCAGCCUCGGGAAUACACAUCAUGCAAACUUCCCUCCUGUGCCAGGGCAAGCCUGGGCCCUUCUGGGCCUGAUCCUGCCCCCAGGACACACGGCUGGCAGUGAGUUGCUCGUCUAGGCUGCGGUUCCAGGAUCGGGCCUUGGUUCCCGGGGAGGAGGGAGCACCGUGCAUCCGAACGAGCCCCAUCUCAGGUGUUACACGUCCUGCCUGCCACACACACAAGUGCGCACCGAGAAGCGCACAGGCGGGCGAGCAGACUGAGACAUAUCACUCCAAUCCCGCAGAAGGCGUCAAGAUGACGAUGUUUGGCAGAGUGGCCGCUGACACGGACCCAUUAGCCCAGACAGCUCUGCGGGACCCCCCAGCCUUGAGGCCGGCGGGCGCAUCAGCGGAUACCUCCCGGUCCCGCGAGCAGAGCGGCGGCGUGGAAGCAGCUCGUUACCGAGCACACCGGGGCUACGGCACAGCCAGCAGCCCGUUCGCUCUGAUCUAUUGAGAGCAAUUCCCGCGUCUUUACACCAACAGGUCCGCGGAACUAGAGCAGCGGUCCUGCAUGGGUUGGGCCGGGGUGGGAGGGGGGACUGACUUCCCGGGGCGGCUACCGAGAAGCCCCGAUCUUACCGCUCCUCGAAAGAAACUUCGCUCGGGGAGAGCGGAUUUGGCAAAGAGAAAGUCUCUCGUUACAGGGGAAAAGGCUCGCCUUCAGUUAGCCAACAAUACAAAUCAGAUAACAAUGCAGAACAAACAGAAUACCACAGCCAAGCAAUUUUCAUGUCAAACAUCCCACUGCUCAGUACCUCCAUUUGCAAGUGUGAAUUGCAGACUAAGCUUCCUGCAAAGUCCACAGAGAGGUUAGUACAUACCUUCCCCCCACCCCCAGUCACCGAGUACCAUCGCACUGCAAUUCCGCUGGCGGAGCCUUUUCACCCCUCGCCUUGUCUUCAAAUGGAAAUGAUUCCCAUUGGCCCAAGGUGUCCAUGUAAAUAGGUGUAAAUGAAACCAGAUUAUGCCUUUCUCUCCAGCCCCCUCCUCCCUGCUCCCCUCCCCCUGCUCCCAAGGCGAUUGUCAUAUGAUAGCAAAGAAGUGGCACAUUAAUGAAGCGCCUCUACAGGGGUCUUUUCUGCUCAUGUCACCACAUAAAACUAUCAGAUGGCUAGAGGAAGGACAUGGAGGCAACUAGUUAGCUCAUCGCCUCUGCGGAGAAGCAAACAAGCCUCUGCUACAGUGCAGCUGCCGGUGGUGUAAAAGAAGCUGAUUCAGCCCGCGGAGGCGAAGGGAGGGGUGUACAAGAGGAUUCCCAAAACCGAGCCAGCUCGCUGCCUCCUCAGGACUAAACCGGAGCAGCGUGGCCGCGGAAGGAGCGAGAGACACGGCGGAGGAGAGGGGUGGGAAAGAGUCCGGACUCCCAGCUGCGUCCCGGAUGCGGACUGUCAACUUCCAGCAACUUUAAGAUCUCCGCGGGUACCCUAGCGAAGAUGCCUCGCCCGGGCAGAAACACUUACAGUGAUCAGAAGCCUCCCUACUCCUACAUCUCGCUGACCGCCAUGGCGAUCCAGAGCUCCCCGGAGAAGAUGCUGCCCCUGAGCGAGAUCUACAAGUUCAUCAUGGACCGCUUCCCCUACUACCGGGAGAACACACAGCGCUGGCAGAACUCCCUCCGCCACAACCUCUCCUUCAACGACUGCUUCAUCAAGAUCCCCCGGCGCCCCGACCAACCGGGCAAGGGCAGCUUCUGGGCGCUGCACCCCAGCUGCGGGGACAUGUUCGAGAACGGCAGCUUCCUGCGGCGCCGCAAGCGUUUCAAGGUGGUCAAGUCGGACCAUCUGGCCCCCAGCAAGCCGGCGGACGCGGCGCAGUACCUGCAGCAGCAAGCCAAGCUGCGGCUUAGUGCCCUCGCGGCCACCGGCACCCACCUGCCCCAGAUGUCCACGUACAACCUCGGCGUGUCCCAGCCCUCCAGCUUCAAGCACCCGUUCGCCAUCGAGAACAUCAUCGCCAGAGAGUACAAGAUGCCCGGGGGCCUCGCCUUUUCCACGAUGCAGCCCAUGCCGGCCGCCUACCCCCUCCCCAAUCAAUUGACUACGGUGGGCAGCUCCAUUGGCACGGGCUGGCCCCACAUGUACAGCUCCGGCAUGAUCGACACCGCCACCCCCAUCUCCAUGGCCAGCAGCGAGUACGGCGCCUACGGCGUGCCCAUCAAACCGCUCUGCCAUGGGGGGCAGACUUUGCCGGCCAUCCCCGUCCCCAUCAAGCCUACCCCUGCCGCGGUGCCAGCCCUGCCCGCCCUGCCCGCUCCCAUCCCCACCAUUCUCUCGAACUCGCCGCCCUCUCUCAGCCCCACGUCCUCGCAGACGGCCACCAGCCAAAGCAGCCCGGCCACCCCCAGCGAGACUCUCACCAGCCCGGCGCCCGCCCUGCACUCCGUGGCUGUACACUGACCCGGGUCGCCUGCACGGACGGUGUCUUCCCUUUCUCCCAAAGUUUCCUCGGAGCUCUCCCCCCAUCCCCUUCUCUCCCUCCUUCCCCUUCUUUCCCCUCUCCUCUCUACUCUUUUCCUCGAAAGUAGAGACUUUCCCGCGGGAAACUGAGGUUUGCCGUUCGCGUGAGCUCCCUUUCCGCUUCGCCCCUUCAGCCGAGCCCUCCCUCGCGCCUCGGCUUCUCCCCUGGCUCUGAACUUUGUUUUCCGUUCUUUUGAGGCGAAAGGAACCGGCCCGGCCCGCCCCCUCCCGCCCGGUAGGAGCUGCCACUUGCAUCGCUAGUUUUCCAAAAGUACUUCAGGCAUCUUCGAUUUGUCGGCGACCAGGCAAGCCUGGCUCGGCGAUGCCUCUUUCCCUUCUUUUGUCUGGGGAAAAGCAGGGCUUUAUACAGGACCAAUCUUUAGUACCAUAAACAAGAAUGGCUGCUGUGUCACUGCAUGAGAGCAGCGACGUUUCCAGCCUCCAAGCAGCGAAGGCUUGGAUCCUGGAAACGCCGGGAAGCGCUCGGUGUCUUUGUGCGGGUCCCGGGGCAGGGCUCGGCCGGGCAGGGCUCGGAGCUGGAGCGGGGCUCGGAGCUGGAGCGGGGCCCGGAGCUGGAGCGGGGCCCGCAGGUGCGGGAGCGGCGGGGGCGGCGCGGAGCGGGACCCGCGCACCGAACCGGGUCACUCACGGCACACCUAUCAUGUUUACAAAGCGCCUGUUUUAAUGUAAAUACUGAACUUGAGUCUGUACUGUAAAUCAGAUGAGGUCCCUUUGGCAGUACCUGUUGUAACGUGGAUGUUUACUGUAGUUUUCAGGUGAAAGAGGAGUUGACUUGUCUGUUAACUUCUGGUAAAUCCGAAUGUUUGGGGGAGCGGAGGUUUUCUUUGUUGUUGGCUUUUUUGGUUGUUGUUAUUAUUUUUAAAAUUCUGUAGCUAUUUACUUCAUAGGUUAAAACAAACAACAACCAUAAUUAUAAUUAAAAUAAACCUGUUACCAAGCACACGACCCGACACAGCUUAAAGAAAAGCUGUUGAAGUAAUUGGUAAAAUGUGGAAAAGUAAUACAAUAGCAGGUACAAACUGUGGAGGUCAUCCUGAUUUCUGCUGGAGCUUUGCAGACAAGAGAGAGGGGGCUAGGGAAACUGUAAAUGUUUGUGCAUAUGAAUGAUUAUAAAAUGUGUAAAAUGCACUUUUGUUUGAUAUACUCCUUUCUAGUUUUAGGUAGUUUGCUGGAAACUGAACUGUUGUUCUGUUGUGAACCGCUUAAGUUAAGAGAAAAAAAAGAACACCCCCUCUAAACAGCAUUAGUAUCUAUUGAAACUGUAAGGACAUUUAUUUUAAACUUUUUUUUCCUGUACAGAAUAAGCAUGGCAUUUUAAAUAUUGGUGUUCUUGUUCCCAGCAUGUGUGUUUUAAGACAAAGGUUAAACAGUGUCUACAUUAAAUUAUGAACCUAGUCGUCCAAAUAAUAUUUUCUCAUUAAAAUAUGUAAAUGCAGAUUUAGUUUCUUAUUUGUCUUUUUAAAGAGUUUACACGAGAAAAGUAAAAACAUUAGUUCAUGAUGAAGGAAUGGUGUUAUUCCAAUAUUUAGACAUUCUAGCCAGCCUUUUCACACAAGGUUAGUAUGAAUAUAGUCAUUAAUAUAGCACAACUUCAUAUACAAAAUUGUCAUUAUUUCUGGUUUAGCAAACAUGAUAACAUAUUCUGUGGGGCUUAUAUCUAUAUACCUGUACAUUAUGCAAGCACACACAUCUAAAUUUGUGCCCUAUACACUUAUACCCAAUAUAAACACAUAUUACAUUCA